AUGAAAAUAUAUACUAUAUUUGUUAUAGUGACAAUAUUUGCAACUUCAAAAGGAAAUGUAUCACCUGUCCUUAAUGACACGCACAAUUACUCAGAUGAUGUUGAAGUGCCCGACAGUACUAUAGCUUCAAUAAAUCGAUUAAACUUGAGAAAACUUUCCACGAUAUCACAUUAUAUUGCUAGGCAAAGUCAACAAGGAUCUGAGCAAAAUUCUACAUCGUCGAGACGUUGUGUCUGUAAUCUUGGGGUUUGUAAAUGCUGCACUGGAUACUUUAUGGAUUUGAUUAACCAAAAAGCUUGUAUGAAAGUCACUUAUCAUCCUGGGGAUUUUGCUUUUGAUGUUGCUAUGUCUAUGAAUGACAGAGUCCUCUAUGAAAAUUCGAUUUCUGGUAAAAAUCCAAGACCAAUAUGUAUAAGUCCACCGAGGUUGUCGAAUUUAAAAGUAUGCGCGAAGUUUUAUAAUGUGUUCUUUCCUGGAAGGAACUUUCACUUUUGUUUAGCGAUGACUGGAAAAUGGCGGUCAUUUCAGUUGUUUAACUUCGUAUUCGAUUGCUUGAGAAUGGGUGCCAAUGGGAUAACAAUGCUUAGCCCGGAUGAAAAUGGUGGAAUUUCAAUUCCAAAUCCUCUUGGCGGGCAGGAUGCUGUUAUAGACGCCGGAGAAGACGAUAUUGAAGAUUAUGACGAAAAUGUUGUAAAAUCUAUAUUAGAAAUAUUUGAUGAU